GAGUUGAAUAAGCGCCCUUAAUAUGCGGACUUUGCCGCUGUAACCUCCGCGUUGGCAGACUCAGCGUGUCACCAUGAACACUCCUCAAAGUCAGCUGAUUGGCUGGGGUUCCUUGAUCGCGGCUGCGGGCGUGAGCUAUUACUAUGCUCGCCAGAACAUAAACGAACGUCGCAAAGCACAGGAGUUCGCCGGAGCCAGGCCGUCGGAGAAGCUGGACUGGCGUGCGCGGAUCGCUCAGCAAGAGCAGAAAGCAGCUGCAGGCGAAGGUUCGAGUUCUACGCCAGCCGCAGGACAGGUAGACCCCUCGAAAAGCGGUGGACCGUCUGCCCCGAAGUAGCGCUGCCGUCCACAUCACUGACUGCUAACUCGGAUGAGUGUGGAAUUAGACGGAGGGCGAGCUAUGACAACGGGUGCUGCUGUCUAAACUUUCUCACUAUAUGCGCUGGAAACGAAGGCUCGGGCAUGUU